AUGAAUGUUCCUUCAAAAGAGAGUUCAGUACAGCUUGAUUAUCAAAAAAUUAAUGAUCAGUUAGCAAAGAUAACAGAAGAUCUUCAUGAAUUAAAAUCUCAAUUACCAUCAUUUUACAGAUUUAUAAAUAUUGGUGGAUUAAAACGUAAUAUUAAAUUACUGGUAAAUUUAUGUCAAACUAAUGAAUCAUCACUUCAUAAUACAACAUCUGGAACCAAUAGUCGAACAGAUCGAAUGUCAGCUCAUUUUAAACUUGAAGAUUAUAACUGUUUGUCCGUAGAACAAGAUUCUGUCUCAGAUACAUUCCACUCGGGAGAAAUUAAACAUACUCCUACGGUAUAUAGUACAUGUACAGUACAAACAGGUGAUACACCAAAGUGGAGAAAAUUAUGCGGUAGAGCUAAAUUAUCCGCUGUUGAACAAUUGAUUUACAAUGCGAAUCAAACACUACAAGUUUCUAUGACACCUCAUAAUAUAAGAUAUGGAAUUAAUUCAGUUUGUCAAGAAAUCUACACUUUACAAAUACUCUUGGAAAAUCUUAAAGUAUUAACUCAAAAAUUGAUUGAUUCACAGAGCAGAAAUGAAAAAUCUGUUGACUAUGAAGGAGUAAACAAAUUUUUACGCAGUAAUACGCUAAAAAUGCGUAAAAUUAUGUUACGUUUAGUUGAAUAUGUUGAGAAGAUUAAUAAUCGAAGAUUUAUUGAUAGGAUUCUACUACAUUUGAGACGUAGAAGUACAGCCAGUUACUUUUUGUAUUUAAUUGAUCAAGAGAAAGGUGAAAAAGCUAAAUGGAAGAUAUGA